AAUUUGAUUGUUUAGAGCCUCGGCUCUGUAUAAACUUUUUCCAUGCAGAAACUCCAUGAUUUAAUCCAAAAUUCAUCGUCUGAAGGCGCUCUCUCCUCCGCUACGCUGUCACCGAAGGCUCUCUCUCUUCCAAACAGAUAUCUCUUUGUUCAUUGAAACACCAUAAGCUCUCCCCAAAAGUCCGUUGCUGAAUUUAUUUAUGUGAAGAGCAGCCCCAAUCUUGAUCACUCCUUCUCUAAACCCUAAUAUAUUUUUCUCUCUCUCAAUAUUAAAUCUGCCCUCAAAUAUUUCUCUCCCUCUAACUCGCAGUCUCACUCUUAACCAUAGUUUCUCUCUUUGUUUCUCACGAACUAUCAAAACGCCAAAACAGGCUCCUCACAAAUCAUAGCCCAAGGGGAUACACCAUUCAGUGACCUUCUUUGCAUGUUGAUUAAGUUCAUGGGGCAGCUAGAACUGCAUCGAUCCCCCUAUGUGCUAUUAGGUCUCAGUCUCAAAGGAAGGGAAGGAGAAGAGGCUAAAGAGUGUGGGAGAGGAGCAUGAGGAUGAAGCAGAUUGAGAGGAGGCUUCGGAUGAAGAGGAAUGUGAGGUUGCCAUUAACCGGCUCUUGUGAAGUUCCAAAUAAAAGAGGAAUUAUUUGUUAUUAUGGAGAAAGCUUGCAAGGUCGGGGACACCGAGGCUUUGUCCACAUGUAUUUUUGAGGUAUCAAGAGAACCUGCAAUCGUUAUAAAUGGGGUCCCAGAUGUUGAAAACUUCAGUAGUACUUCUCAUGUAAACCUAGAUUCUGCAACCGAUGCAGAGUCUUGUUGUCAUAAAGGCUUUGGCCAAUGGUUGGAGGGCAGGAACGUUAGAAAGUUGUUUGGGACAAGUUAUUAUUCUGGGAAGGUGGUGAAAUAUGACGCAGAAACAGAUUGGUACAGGGUUAUAUAUGAAGAUAGCGACUUUGAAGAUCUGGACUGGGAUGAAUUAAAAGAGGUUCUUCAACCACUCGAUAUUGGGAUCCCAUUGGUCGAACUCUCUGCAAGAAUUCUCAAACAAUCAGUUUACCUUAAAAAUUUUACUUCUUUGAAUGUUAGAAAGUUGAGUUGGAAUCUAGAAAAAAAUGGGGAGCAGGGAAACAAUGGGUCAAUAGGAAAUUUCCAAGGUGAUACAAAACCCAGAGGAAGAGGGAGGCCAAGAAAAAUGGUUAACUCCAACAGUAUGAUAAGCCCAUUAAAUCCUGGAAGGGCCCAACGAUCCAAUGAACCUAAAGGGAAAACUGGUAAAGCAAAAAGGGGAAGGAGGUCAGGGAAAAUUGAAAACAUUCAACAGAAAUCUCCACUCACGAUUCCAGUGGAAUUAACUAGAGAUUGUAAUAAUGAAUUGAUGAAAGAGACUGAGAUAACGCUCUGAUUGAAGUGGCUGCAUAACGGACGACCACAUGAAAACUGCAUUGGGAAGAUGCCUAAUGAAAUAAUGAAAGCAAGCUCUAUGUCCACUCUUAGAUUUUCUCGACUUCAUCUUUUUCAUUUUCUUGUGGAGCUCCAGUUUUUGGGAAGAGAGGGUUUACAAAAAGAAGAGAAUGGAAGAUUGUAUGCAAUCAUUUGUUGAAGGUUGCAUUUGUUGAAAAGCUCAGUGGACUAAAAAUUCUCUUUGUGGGAGUGGAAGUGGGUGCUGGUUCUGUGGUUGGAUUCUUGACAGAGCUUCCUGAGCUUCUUCGUAAGUGUAGGUGUUCCACAGCAGAGGACACCUGCAAUUCCCGUAAGAGAUUCCAAUUAUGUCAAUUUUAGCCUCAAGGGGGUCGAUACUUAAAAGAUCAAUCUGUUUUAUUUUGUCCUUUUUAUCGUAUCUAAUACAUGAUGUUUUAUGGGUAUUGGCUAUUUCAGUGAGCACUUUCCUCUACUUGGGUCUUGCUAAGUGUGUGUGUGUCUGGCUUUACUGAACGUUAAAGUUCCUGUCUUUUCUGCCAGUUUCUGUAGUAAAUACAUUGAGCUUGUAGAACAAAUGGAAAAAUUUCAUUGGAAAA